AUGGGAACUGUUGCUAAGACAACAUUCUUCAUAAUCUUCUUCUGCCUCUUGGACUCUUUCCUUGCCAAGGGCGAGGAGGAACCAGGGGAUCUGUUUGCUCGCUACGUGAAAAGACUGUGCUCGAUAUGCAGCAACAGGCGAGAAGACUGCGGUUGCGACGAGACCCUACAUGGCAGCGCGGGAGGCUUCCGCCUCCUCCACGAGUACGCUCUCAAGUACGAGGGAUGGGCUGAGGAAGUGAGGAAAGGAAGAGCACAAGAGCUGAGGUUUGUAGUGGCGGACGUGACGGGAGGAGGGUUCGGGAAUCAGAUCUUUCAAGCCAUUCAAGGGCUGCUGGUGGCUCUCGAGCUUCAGAUGCCGCUAGUCGUGAUGGGAGUGCAUACACGAGAGCAGACAGCAAGGCUGGGGAUGACGUGGCACCCAAACCUCGAGCAGCACUACGUGUUCAACGCUGUCCUUCCCCUCAUUGAUGAGAACGUGCUGGAGGAGCUGAGGUGGAGAGAGGGGAGGUUGACGAAGAUGGUAUACACGCAUGACGCGGAAGGAAUCGAGUUCUUGACGUGCAGGAACUGGCACGAGGAGGCAGCAGGGUAUCAGUUCUUGCGGAUCCAUGGCAUCACAGAUGUACACAUGGCGGAGCUUAACGUCUACCAUGGAAGAAGCAUCAAGGAAGCUUUCAGAGGAAAGACUUUCUUUUGGUUGUCACACUUCCUAUGGGACAGAGAUCGAUGGGUGCAGGAGGUCGUUCAGGUAGAAACUUCUCCUCCCGCCCCCUGGGAUGGUCUGCGGACAGUCCAAGAGCUCGGCACCCUCCUUCCGGCGUCUCCUCAAGCCCUGAGAGUUGGGCUUCACCUCAGAUUGGGAGGUCACUUCUUGCACUUCGACCACAGGCACGCGUUCAAGGAGGGGUCGGACGUGCUCGACGGCCUCGACCCGCUGCAGUUCUACUGUGGUGGGCAUGCAAACUCCGUCAAGACUGUGGGGCCCUGUCUGAGGACGAUCAUAGCAAGACACGGGGAGGGCCACGAGAGGAUAGUCGUGCUGUGGUCGUCUGACAAUGGGAGGAUCUCUGAAAGAUUCAUCGAGGAGGUCGUCAGGAUCCCGCACGUGAGUGUUGUUCGCAUCCUCCACAAGGAGGAGGAGAGGUAUGACCACCCCGAGAUCAGGUACGCCAUGGCAGACGUCGCACUUGUGUCGCUGUCCGAGAUGUUCCUCGGCACUGCGCUCUCAUCCUUCUCCUUCUACAUGCACGCUUCCUCCCUCAUCGUCCCCUACUACAUGGGCCACGUGCCUGGAUCAGGCUGCAAGAGAGCGGCGAGCAGCGAGGCAGGGCUGGUGACUCACAGCGUCGGCUCUAUGCAUGUGUGGUCUUCUUGCUUCGAGGACGAGGACGAGGAGGGAGGAAGGGAGAGAGGAGCAGCGUGCGAGAUCGCUGACAAGGAACUAGAGGAAACCAUGAGAGGCUGCACUGCGGUGUUCGAGAUCUUCCGUCAUAACUGCCUGCAACGAGCUGUAACGUGUGUCUCUGACGCAGACAUCAAGAACUGGUCGAGCAGUCUCAAUCUCGAGACCGACAUGGGAAACUUUUACAACCUGCGAUGGUCGCGCGAUGGUUUGAGGUGGCACUACCUCGUCCCUGACCUCAUCGACUGCCACUCGUACCGGGAAGCUAAGAAACUUGCUGCCAGUGAGCUGGAGGACAACGACAGGAACGACUCAGUGCAAGAGCAGUCAGAAGUGCGUUCACGUCAGGAUGUUGUUGCAGAAGAGUCAGAUUCCCUCGAUCGUCGCUUCAAGGCGUUUGCACAGGCUGUUUGCCAGAAGUGUAAGGCCAAACAAGAAGACUGCGGUUGUGAAGAGCUGCUCUCCUCGGAUCCUUUUUUCACCCUCCACAAGUACGCGAGCAAGUACGAGGAGUGGUCGCGGAGGCAGGACGACAGGGAAUACAUGAAUACCCUAAGGUGGGUUGUCGUCGAUGUCAACGGAGGGAUCGGAAAUCAACUGCUACAAGCUGUCCUCGCACUGAUGAUCGCCAUCCGGACUGACCGCGUGCUAGUUGUCAACCUGAUGACUCCGGUGGAGUACAACCUGUCGCACGUGCUCCCCCUGCUCCCCCUCGAGGUACCAGCAAGUCUGGGAUGGCCGAGAGUCUCUACCCGAGAGAUCGCGACUGAUCAUCGGGAUGGGAGGGAUGGCGUGCAGUUCUGGACGUGUGGAGACUGGCGAGAGCUCGACGGUGUCAAGUUCCUGCACAUGAUGGGCUUGUCAGACGUUCACCUGCCGCUGCUGCAUCCUGUGCAUGGCUGGUGGUUCAGCAAGACAUUCAGGGGAAAGCCCUUCUUCUUCCUGUCUUACUUGCUGUGGACGGGGGAGGAGAUGAUGGAAUAUCCUGUGGUCGUCAAGACCUUUCCUCGCUCUCAGCUCUCAGGGCCAGCCAGCAUGCAGGCGCUCGUUGCGAAGCUCCGACACCUGACCGAGAGAGAGUCAGUGGGGAUACUCGCCGUGCACAUGAGGAUGGGAGGGUACAUGAAGAAGAAGUCGCAGGCGUACAGCCCGGAGGCUGGCAAAGGGGACGACUUUCUGCUCUUCAGCCAUAAGAGCAUCUUAACGCAAGACUGGGAUGGAGAGGGCCUUUCCCCCCUCGAGCGCUACUGUCUUGGCGACGAGGCGUCGCUGCAGCCUGCGCUCGCAUGUCUGGGGAGGCUUGUAGAGCAGAUGAGGAGCUCGCAGGGCAAGGAGAAAGUGCUGCUGCUGUGGGCGACGGAGCGAGCGGACAUGCUCGAGAAGAUCGCUCCCUCCUUCUCCCAGGUGCACAACGUCACCAUCCUCAAGGUCUCUCCCGACUCGCAGGCGCUGGAGGAGACGUGCUCCUCGUCUGACGUCAUGAGGAGGCGCUGCCACUCGCUGGUCGGGCUGACCGACUUCUUCCUCCUAACUCAAGUCCACGACGUCUUUGUUGGUACCGCACACUCCACCUACACAUACUGCAUUCACAGCAGAAGCCUUUCGGUCCCUGUAUACGUUGGGCUGUCGGCAGGAAGCUGCUCGGUAGGAAGCGGACAUCAGGCCGGACUUUUCUCUCGCGGAUCUACCCCAGCUGAGGAGCAAGUCCCGCUGCAUUCCCAGCUGGGGGACAUGGAGGUUGACAAGUAUCGCAACUGCACCAUGGGCUACUACAUCGCGAUGCACGGCUGCAUGGAAGAGAUCGCUACCUGUGUGACGGCAGAGCAAGUCAGGACGUGGGCUGCUCCCCUCCUGAUUGGGCUUAACCAUGUCGAGCUGUACGAGCAGCUCUGUGCUCGGGUGGGAUGGCGGGGGCUGCGAUUCGUGCCUUCAACUGGCAUCGUCUGCAGCGAGAUCCUCGAUAGUCAUCUAGAGAGGCUAUGGGGAGAGGAGGGGAAGGCUGACGAGCACACUGCCGAAGGAGGGAAGGGAGGCGUCUGA